AUGGAUAAAUGUGCUGUUUUUCUUCUUGCAGUGAUUGCCUGCAGCCAUUUAGUUUUCUCAGUUGAGGGAAGAAAAAUAAAACCGAUGACCAAACUUGGUUCAAAGCAGAGCAACCAGGUUGACAACUCUGCGGUGCACAAAGAAGAUCAUCAACCUGCAGCCCCAAGUUACAUUCCUAAUGCAGAUGCCUACCAUUCAGCUUCAGCAUCAGGAAAGAAAGAAGUAUUGUCACCCCCUACACCAACUAAAAGCUCAGAUUUUGGCGAUUCACUUGCAGGGUACAACGAAGAUUUCCUACCCGCUAAAGCAGGGAGCAGCCCUGGUGGUGUUGGACAUUCUUUUGCAGAAGAUCAUGAAGAUACUGAACAAAAAUCUGGAAGCAUUAGCCCAAGCAAUAAUAAGCAUUCUACUGCAGGAGCUAAGGAAGAUUCCCGACCUACCAGCCCAGGACACAGCCCUGGUGCUGGAAAUUCUUUAGCAGAAGAUGAUGAAAAUACUGAACAAAAAUCAUGA